GUCCCAAAGCACAAAAGGAGUGUCCGCAUACGGGUGAACUAACUGCGUCAUUUCCAGACGCUGUUUUUGCGAAAACAAUAAUAAAAUCCUUUAGUCACCCGCAACUAACUAUACUCUGAAAUUACUGUGUUAAAAAUUACUCAAAAUCUGGCUAUUCGGGCAGUUUCUUAAAACAUAAACGAGACGUGAUAUCGAUUAGAUUCUGAGACUAAACACAACGAAACGUUGAACCAUGUUAGUAUUAUUUUUGUCACUUACGGCCGCAAUUUUGAUGCUAUUUUACAUCGUUCGUACCUCUUCAAAAAAUUUCGACCACUGGAAAAAACAAGGUGCUAAGCACCUAAAGCCUCUGCCGUUAGUGGGUAAUAUGUUACCGAUUGUGACAAAUUGGACGUCUUCAGCCGAACAAAUACGAAACUUGUAUAACGCUUUUCCACACGAAAGAUACUUAGGAAUGUUCCAGUUUGCAAAACCGAUCCGUAUAAUUAGAGACCCUGCACUAAUAAAAGAUAUUACAAUUAAACACUUUGAACAUUUUGUGGAUCAUUCUGGCUUUGUUGCAACAGGUGUUGAACCUUUAUGGGACAAAGGUUUAUUUGCAAGUCACGGUGAACGGUGGCGUAACCUUCGUCGAACAUUAAGCCCGGCUUUUACAAGUAGUAAAAUGAGAUCUAUGUUCAUUCUCAUGGACGAGUGUGCUACGCAGUUGAUUAACUACUUUGAGGGGCAAAAUGCAACCAUAAUAGAAUUAGAUGUGAAAGAUCUGUUCGCGAGAUAUACGAAUGACGUUAUAGCCACUACAGCUUUUGGAAUUAAGUGUGAUUCUUUUAAAUCUAAGAAUAACGAAUUUUUGUCAGCAGGAAAAGAGCUAGCUGACUUCAGUGGUUUAAGGAAAUUCAAAGUCAUGCUUUAUGCCCAUCCCACAAUUUCGAAGCUUUUGAACAUUAGAAUGAUUCCCGAUGAAGUAGCACUUUUUUUUCGAAAAAUUAUUGACGAAACCGUUCGUUUAAGAGAAAAGAACAAAACUGUGCGUCCAGAUCUCAUUCAUUUGAUGAUGUUGUCUCGUAAAGGAAAACUAAAGUACGAAGAGUUUGUGAGUAAAGACGGAUUUGCAGUUGUUGAAGAGUCAGACGUUGGAAAAACUGGAAAUAGUCCGAAUUACCUAUCCAACGAAGAUAUAACGGCUCAAGUGCUAGUUUUUUUUCUUGGUGCUUAUGACACAGUUUCGUCUUUAAUUGCAUUUGUUGCCUACGAACUCGCUAUUAAUCCGACAAUCCAAAAACGACUCAGACAAGAAAUCAGAAAAUUUGGCAAAAGAAGUGACGAUGACAUCACAUACGAAAACUUACUCGAAAUAAAAUAUCUGGAUAUGGUGAUUACUGAAAUGUUACGAAAAUGGCCUCCAGCUAUCAGACUGGAUCGUAAGUGUACGAAGGCAUUUAAAAUUGAACCAGAGAGAAGUGGAGAAGCUCUAGUACAACUGAAGGAAGGCGAUAUUUGUUGGAUACCGGUUUAUGGAAUUCAUAUGGAUCCCAGAUAUUAUCCAAAUCCUGAAGUUUUUGAUCCUGAAAGAUUUAGCGAAGACAAUGUAGAUAAUGUAAAGUCUGCUACAUACCUACCGUUUGGUAUUGGUCCUCGAAAUUGUAUAGGAUCCAGAUUUGCUCUACUAGAAACCAAAAUUGUGCUAUAUAAACUUCUGCUAGAGUUCGAGUUUGUUGCUACAGAAAAAACACAAAUUCCGAUUAAAAUUAAAAAGAAUACUGCUGCAUUAUUACCAGAGCAGGGUUUUCACAUUGGCUUCAAACGUAAUCCACUAUUUUAAAUAACUUUGUGGCUAACAUGACUGUUAGCAGGUAGUUAUUUUUGGAAAAGUUACGCAAAAGUAGUUUAAUACUAUUGUGACAUUUUUACGU